UCCUCUUCAGCACUCCACAGUCUCACCUCCUCAUACUUCAUGGUUCAUCCUGGGCCUAUCAUGGCAUACCUGGACUUCCUAAUGCGGAUAUCCAGGCUCGGCCCGGAACAAUUAAUGGGCCUAGAAGAAUGGGACCGGCCCAGCAGAUCCUUGAAAACUUGUCGGCACAGAGGAAGAGACGCUGGGCUGUGAAAAUGGCGGUCGCGGAAACCAGCGACCGCUUGUCUGCGUUCCUGAGCUCAGGCAUAUACCGACUGGAGAGCAGCAAUGCCGUGUUCAUAGAUCCGGUUCGUGUCCUAAACCGUUCAUAUUCCCGAUUUAGGGUGUCUCCGUCUAUGUAUUAUUCUCGUUUCUUCGAUUCCAAACACGAGGAUCAGGAAUCUAGGUUUUCUUCGAACUCAAGAAAGCGGAAACGCAAGGAGAAACAACCUCACGCUCUUAACGAGAGAGAGCGAUCAGCUGAUGAACGACACCAGGAAGCAAGGCCUUUGCUGUUGAAGGCACAUGAAUCUUUAUUGGAAGCUACUGAUCUUUUAUCGGUUAUCUGCAAUUUAAGGAAUGAUGUAUGUUCUUUAACAGAGAGCGAAGAAUCAUUGCCGAUAGUUGAACAGUCUUUUGUGGAGCUUGGAAGGGUUUGGCAAGCCCCUUUGUACGAGAUAAUUCUUCACUUUCAUCAACAUUGCAAGCCUUCCGGCGAUGCAAGUUCCCCUCUCAUACAGUAUAAAGAAGAAAGGGUUAUCCCAAUAUUUAACAACUUAGUUGUUAAUGAGACAAGUGAUAAUGUUGAGGCUGAAUUUCUGAACAGCCGAUAUGUAAUUCCCAGAGAGAGCUGUUUCUACAUGUCGGAUUUAAGGCAGAUUCACAACCUGAUUCCUGCUGAAUCCGAUUGUGGCUUCAGUCUUAUAGUGAUUGAUCCACCUUGGGAAAACAAAAGUGCCAGUCAGAAAUUGGUGUACUCAACUUUGCCGAACCGUUACUUCUUAUCCCUUCCCAUUAAGAAACUUACUCACACUGAAGGAGCACUUAUAGCACUAUGGGUGACCAACAGGGAGAAAUUGAGAGGUUUUGUUGAGAAAGAACUAUUCCCAGCAUGGGGAGUCAGUUAUGCAGCUACCUUUUACUGGUUGAAGGUGAAAUUAGAUGGCUCUUUGAUCAGUGACUUAGAUCUCUUUCAUCAUAGACCGUAUGAAUGCCUCCUCCUUGGCUACUGUCAUGGGGAGGGGAUGGAUUCAGAAUACCAAUCAAGAUUGAAACCUCUACAAGAUAAUCAAGUCAUUAUUAGCAUCCCAGGGGAUUAUUCGAGGAAGCCCCCAAUAGGAGAGUUGCUUAUGGAGUAUGUACCAGAGCUCAAGCCAGCUCGAUGUAUUGAACUAUUUGCUAGAGAAAUGCAGGCUGGAUGGAUUUCUUGGGGCAAUGAACCCCUCCACUUUCAGGAGUUGAGAUAUUUUAGAGGCACUAGGGAAAAGGGAUAAUGCAUCAGGACAAAGGCCUCAUUUUUUGGGAACUAUAUGAGACCCAAAACCAUGGCAUCCAUCUGAGGUGCCUGCUUCAACUAAGUUAUGACUCCUGGCACUGCUGAAAUCCCAUCCCAUGGAUCAGUAAGAUCAGUAAGGUGCCAUACGCAGCUUCAUCUUUGAACAUGGGAUGCUAGGAUGGCUUGGACCAGUCCAACUGGUGCUAACUGCAAACUUCAAGGAUGUUCCAUCAGAAUACCAUGAUGAAGUGGAAUCAACUCAGGGUUAAUGAAAGUGUUCUCUUGAUGCCAAGGACUCGAGGAGUGUAGUGAUACAGCAACUCUGCUUGACAGGGACUUGAACCAUAAAGGUAUUUCAAAUGCCGAUCCUCCCAUUUCAUCGUUUUGAAAAUUUUUUCCCUUUUUUGGAUGUGGGUUGGGGGAAUCUGUAGGUAUGAGCUAAGCUUCCAUUAGGUUUGAUUCUUGGAAAAUAUAUGCAUGAACUGGAUUUCUUGGUAUCCCAUAUUGGAAUAGGCAUGGCAAAUCCAUGAGGAAAUGCAUAAGAUGCCUUUAAAGAAAAAUGCAAGAUGUUAACCAAAUGAAUUUAAUGUGCUGUUAAUGUGGUUCGUGAA